AUGGCUGACCCCCAGAACGUCCGGGAGCCUCGAAACCGCGAAAUAAAGAUAUUGAUUCUUGGGCUAGCCCGCACCGGCACGUCAUCUCUCACCGCCGCCCUCCAACAACUGGGAUACAGUCCCUAUGACUGGCCCGACCGAUGUAUGCUCGGUCACCUCCCUCGGUGGACCGAAGGCCUCCAAGCGAAAUACCUAAACCGUGGCCGACCACUUGAAGCUGACGAGAUGGACCAACUCACCAGUGGCUUUGACGCAAUCAUCGAUACCCCCUGCUGCCUCCUUGUUGACGAGCUAAUCGCCACUUACCCCACUGCGAAGAUCAUCCUAAACUACCGCGAUCCGCACAGAUGGCUCAAAUCAAUGCAAGACACCGUAUUCGCCGUCGCACGAUGGCCAUCUUGGAGAAUCCUGGCAUACACGGAUCCACGCUACGCAGGAGCAAUCGUGCAGCAUCACAUUACUCUGUGGGAUGAAAUCUGGGGAGGAGACGAAGGAGAGAGAUGUCGGGAGAUGUUCGUUGAGCACUACAAUUAUGUACGGAAAGUUGUGCCGCCGGGGCAACUGCUGGAGUAUCAAGUGCAGGAAGGAUGGGGACCCCUGUGUCGGUUUCUAGAGGUAGAGGAGCCUAAGGAACCAUUUCCGGUUGUUCAUACGGGGACACAGUUUAUGAGGACUGCUGUGAGGGGGUGGUGGGAUUGCGUUGGGAGGAGUAUUAGGAAUGUGGGAGCAGUAGCGGCCUGCGCAUGGAUUUUGGCAUAUGGGUUGUUCUGGAACUUGGGAUACUUUUGA